GGCUGGGGUCAGUUAAAUGGAUAACACGCUACUCAAAGUAUUCAUCAUCAUAUCCCUGUCAUAUAAAGUAAGUCACACUAGAAGAAUUUACAUAUACAUGUGUAAAGAAAAUUUCUUUUAGGUAACUUACUGUCAUCAUAAUUGAAAAGUUUUGAUUCAUAUUAUUCAUAGUGGCUUUGAUUGCUUAAAAUCUACCAGAUGAUACUACAUAAAAGCUAUUGACAAUGCUGAUGUUUCUACCCAGAACAGGUCUUCUGGUAGAACUAGAUGGACAAGCACAAUCUAACAGUGCUGAGUGAAUUCACUCUGAUGGGAAUCACAGACCGCCCUGAGCUGCAGGCUCCAUUGUUCGGGCUGUUCCUCAUCAUCUACAUGAUCUCAGUGGUGGGCAACUUGGGCAUCAUCAUCCUCACCAAGAUGGACUCCAGGCUACAAACUCCCAUGUACUUUUUUCUCAGACACCUGGCUAUCACUGAUCUUGUUUAUUCAACAGCCGUGGGACCCAAAAUGUUGGUAAAUUUUGUUGUUGAUGAAAAUACAAUCUCUUAUUAUUUUUGUGCUACACAGCUAGCUUUUUUUAUUUUGUUCGUAAAUGGUGAAAUUUUUAUUCUGUCAGCAAUGUCCUAUGACCGCUAUGUGGCCAUCUGUAACCCUCUGCUCUACACAGUUAUCAUGUCACAAAGGACAUGUUGGGUGCUGAUGGCAAUUGUCUACCUCCACAGCACAUUUGUUUCUCUUCUAGUCACCAUAAAGAUUUUUAAUUUAUCCUUCUGUGGCCACAAUGUCAUCAGGCAUUUCUACUGUGACACUCUCCCCUUGUUAUCUUUGCUCUGCUCAAACACACAUGAAAUUGAAUUGAUCAUUCUUAUUUUAGCAGCUUUUGAUUUUAUUUCACCACUCCUAAUAGUUCUUGUUUCUUACAUACUCAUAAUUGUAUCCAUUCUCAGACUGAACUCAGCCGAGGGCAGGCACAAGGCCUUCUCCACCUGUGGAUCCCACCUGACUGUGGUGGUAGUGUUCUAUGGGACUUUAAUCUUUAUGUAUCUGCAGCCCAAGUCCAGUCAUUCCUUUGACACUGACAAAGUGGCUUCCAUAUUUUACACCCUGGUGAUCCCCAUGUUGAAUCCCUUGAUCUAUGGUUUGAGGAAUAAUGAUGUGAAAUAUGCCUUACAUAGGACUUUGGGACAAUUAUGCAAUAUAUUUUCUCAAAGCUCACUAUACCGUAUCAUUUAUACAAAUUACAUUAUGGGCUUUAAACUUUCUUCUGUGUGCCUCCAGAGGGGAUAGCAAGCACAAAAGCACAGAUAACAUAUAUUUCUAUAUUGCUUUCUAUCACUCACUCUACUGAGAGCUGUAAGAAGAUUAAUAAAUGUGUUGCCUU